CAUCAUAAUCAUGUCCAUUAAUACAAUCACAAAUUCUGGAUCAAGAGGCAGUUGCAGCUACUUCAACAAUGGUGGAACAACUUUCCUCAAAAUCAACAAUUUCCCACCCAUCAAACUAUUGAAAAAGAGUGAUGAAUUACCUCCACUUUCCUUAAACUUGAACACCAAAUACCAAAUUUUAAGCCUUCGACCCCGGGCUUCUUCAUCUUCGUCGUCUUCUUCUUCGCCGAGCCCUUCCUCCUCCUCCUCCUCCUCCUCUCCGUGGAAAAAAUGGCUUUGGGGAGUUCUACUAACCGUGAUCCUUCCAGCAGCUGGUCACAAGGGAGGGCUUCUGAUAGGCCUAAAAGGCAAAAUCGAUCAAGCCAUAAAUACGGUGGAGCACGUGACGGAGAUGGUGGAGGAGAUGGCGGAGGAGGCGGAGAAGAUCGUGGAGGAGGUGGAGGAGAAGCUCCCCGGAGACUCCAAGCUCAAAAAGGCACUCGAAUCUUUUGAAAAUCUUGCUAAAGUUGCUGUUAAGGAAGCCAAGAAAGCUGAAGACAUUAUUCACAAGGUAAAGGAUGUGGAAGAGGAGAUAGAGGGGGUGCUUAUGAAAGGUGGUAAAAAUCAAGACGACAAAUAGGUGUAAACCCUAAACCAUAUCAAAAUAGCUGAUUCUUGUGGCAACAAUAUAUGAUGGCAGUAUUUUUCUCUAUGUUUUCAUUCUUGUUUUUGUUAUAAAAUAUUUAAGAAAAUAAUAAUUUAUCUUUUUUUUCUUAAA